AUGAAAAACCAUACAACAGUGACAGUGUUUCUCUUAGCAGGCUUGACAGAGAACCCAAAAGCAAUGAUUGUGCUGUUUAUCUUCCUGCUUCUCACCUACUUGCUAAGCAUCUCUGGCAAUCUGAUUAUCAUCACCCUCACUCUGCUGGAUUCUCAUCUCAAGACUCCUAUGUAUUUCUUCCUUCGAAAUUUUUCCUUUUUAGAAAUUUCUUAUACAACCGUCUGCAUCCCCAAAUUGCUUGUCAGCAUGGCAACUGGUGACAAAACCUUUUCCUACAAUUGUUGUGCAACUCAGUUAUUUUUUGCCUUCCUUCUGGGUGCAUCUGAAUUUUACCUCCUGGCUGUCAUGUCCUAUGAUCGCUAUGUUGCCAUCUGUAAACCUCUGCAUUAUACAACUAUCAUGAGCACCAAAGUCUGCAUCCAUCUGGUCCUUAGCUCUUGGAUUGCUGGUUUCCUCAUCAUUUUUCCAGGACUCAUCUUAGGCCUAAGUCUGGAUUUCUGUGACUCCAAUGUCAUUGAUCAUUUUUACUGUGACACUGCUCCUCUACUGCAGAUCUCCUGCACAGAUACACAUCUGUUGGAAAUGAUAAGUUUUGUCUUAGCUUUGGUGACUCUCCUGGUCACUUUGGUAUUAGUGAUCUUAUCAUACACAUCUAUUGCCCUAACAAUUUAAAAAAUCCCUUCUGCCAACCAGAGAAAAAAGGCUUUUUCUACCUGUUCUUCUCAUAUGAUUGUCAUCUCCCUUUCAUACGGCAGCUGCAUCUUUAUGUACAUUAAACCCUCAGCCAAACAGAGGAUAUCCUUAAUGAAAGGAGUUUCAGUGCUCAAUACCUCAGUUGCCCCACUUUUGAACCCAUUCAUUUAUACGCUAAGGAACCAGCAGGUGAAGCAAGCAUUUAAGGACUUGCUACAAAGAGCUCUGACGUUAUCUAAAAGGUAG